AUGGCAUCGGCUUACUACGAGUUCUACCGAGGAUCCUCAAUCGGCAUGGCGCUCACGGACUCUCUAGACGAGCUUAUCACCAGCGGAUCCAUCACGCCUCAACUAGCCAUGAAGGUCCUGCAGCAGUUCGACAAGUCGCUGGCCGACACAAUGGUGAAGAUGGUGAAGACAAAGACUACUUUGCGGGGCCACCUUCACACAUACCGGCUGUGUGACGACGUCUGGACGUUCAUCGUGAAGCAUCCGUCAUUUAAGAUGGAAUCAAACGAAGUGGUCAGCGCGCAAAGGAUCAAAAUCAUUGCUUGCAAGAACGGUGAUGCAAUUGAACCCGGGAAGAAGUAA